CCACCCUACUCUGCUGCCGUCGCCUUCACGAGUCCUUCAAUUCUGGGCUUCGCUUUUUCCUUCUUCUUCCUUCCCAUGCAUCCCUCCUUGGUUUCUGCGUUCUUCCUUUGACUUCACUUCCUCCUCAAAGCUUCCAUCUUCCUCCCUCUCCUCCAUUCUUCUUCCUCUUCUUCUUCUUCUUCUUCUUCUUCAAUGUCCGCCACCCCUGCUGACUUGCACACCAACCCUCUCGCUCAAAUGCUUCCGAGCGUCUUCUCCGACAACAGCAACAUCAUGCUUGCCGCCAUCAUUUCCCUCCUUCUCGUCAUCCUCUUCGUCCUCCUCCUACAUCUCUACGCCAAAUGGUUCCUGGCCCAUGCUCACGCCCAAGCUCAAGCUCGUCGCCGCCGCCGCCGCAGGCGUCGCACGGCAUCCGUCACAGUCUCCGACGUCAUCGGUCCCGCCCGGUUUCACCACUUCCACAGCUUCAAUCUACAAGACUCCCCCAUUUCCAACUCCCCCACUAAAGGGCUGGAUUCGGCAUCCAUUGCUGCGAUUCCUGUAUUCGUAUACGAAGCAGAUACAAUGGACGAAGAAGGUGAUGAGCGAGAGUUGGAAUGUGUGAUUUGCUUGAGCGUUUUUGAGGAUGGAGAAAGUGGCCGGAGCUUACCCAAGUGUGGCCAUGCUUUUCAUGUCGAGUGUAUCGAUAUGUGGUUGAGCUCGCAUUCGAAUUGCCCAAUUUGCAGGGCUCCGAUCCCGGAACAUGAUUCUCAAUUGGGUUCUGUUCAUGAGGAUGACUCCUCUGCUAUGCUUGAGAUUGUGAUCGAUUCUCCGGGUUCUGAGAUCAGCGAGAACGACCGUGGAACUGAGAGUAUUAGUACUAAUAAUGAUAAUGAGAAUGGAGGGGUAAGUGACUCAGCUAUUUCUAUAUCAGAAACUUCAUCCUCAUUGUUGGGUUGUUCUUUGAAGAGGAUGUUCAGUAAAGUUUUUCCUUCUUCCAAUGUCAGUGAGCUAAGCACAUGAGAACCUAGCCACUUCUGUACAGGCUACUUCGGUUGUGUUAUGCAUUUCUUAGUAUGAUAUUGAUCUUUUUUUUUUAAAAAAAAGGGUAAUUUUCUGAUGUUCUAGUUUUUUAUCAGUUAGAUGAGAAAUCAUAUACCCUCAGACCCGCAAAAUGGAAGAAAGAUUAUACAUCUCUUUCAAAAUCUAAAUGAUACAAGCAAUGGUCAAUUCUA